UUAGUUUUACUGUUCACAAUUGACGAUCGCGGUUCGGGUGCACGUGCUUUUCACCUACGGAAAUAAUUCGCUCCUGGCUGGCCAGUUUAAUACUUUCCAACAAACAUGUAUAUGAUGUACUACUUGAACGACAAGGGCGAAAGGGUUUACAGUUUAAAGAAAACUGAUCCGAACGGAAUGCCUACAUUUUCUGCCCAUCCUGCUAGAUAUUCACCUGCUGACAAUUUCUCAAGGGAGAGGAUCAUUAUUAAAAGAAGACAUAAGCUGUUGCUCACUCAGAAGCCAGUUCCAGCCUACUGAAUAAAUAAAAAUUUAUUAUUGAUAAAUUAUGGAGUUUAUUGUCAGUUGAUUAUCAGGUUCUCAUUUCUGUACAAUUGUUUUUCUACCAUUAAAUUAUAAUUUUUUGCAAUAUAUACGUGUUUUUUGUUUGUUU